AUGUUUUCUUCGCUGAACAACAACGGCCCCGCCGCUGCCUCGACCCCGGCGAGCAGCACCCGUGGCCGCCGCCGUCAGCGCCCUGCGAGCUCUGACGAGUCGGUCCGCCAGCCCAAGGCAAAACGGGCCAGGAUCCCGUUGAACGAGCAGACCUUUCUCAACCCAGGAGCCACUGCCGAACCCGCCCAGGAGACAUACGAGGUCAAGGCCGCCCGGCCCUCCAUCACCGAGCGGAGGCAGGACGGCGUCGAGAACACUCCGCCCCAGGUCCCCAAGAAGGAGCUCAGCUUCCGCUCCAAAAAGGCAAAGACGGGCGAGCGCCUCAACAAGGGCGACGGCAGUGUCGUAUUAACGAGCAACAACGCUUUCGUCGUUAGCAAACUCCCCGCGCUUCCAGACAGGCUGCGAGCCGAUGCACAGAGCCGACAACAUGGCACCCUCGACUCCUCGGCGGGCUACGCGCUCAGUCUCACCCACACCCAUGCCGUCGUAUGGCCUUACGCAUCGACGACGCCCUCGCCCGAAUCAUUUGUCUUCACACUGCCGUACCCUUCGAAACACUCGACAGACCCCUUGCCCUUAGGCUCGCUCGUGCCCCCCUCCGCCUCGUCUACGGAGCCCGGUCUCGUUGUCGUCAUGCCCACGAGUGGCAAGAUCACCUACUGGGAAUCCAUAUCAAGUGCGACAACCCUCGACUUCAUUCGACAACAACGGAAUGGCGUCGAAGACUCGAUAUCCGGAAUGUGGUCCAGCGAGACCGUGAUUCAGGUCGUCGGUGCUGAGUCGGCAGGAGGCUUCAUCCUGGCUUUCAGCAGUGGUCGCAUGGCUUACAUGAGUGUCAGAGACGCGCACGGAAGACCACAGGUUGCAGUCCAGUUCUUGCGCACAACCUUGGGCCCUUCGGCAGGUGGGAUAUUUGGCAGUAUUCGAAGUGUGCUUUCUCAUUCUUCCAUCCAAGGCGACAUAGCUGCUGUGAGAUCCGACCGUUCAUCAAAACAAGGAGAGCAAACCGUGGUUGCUGCUACAACCAAGGGUAGACUACAUGCUUGGAAGAUCCACCGCGGUGGCCACCAUGACCUGCUCACGGAAUUCGAUGCCAAGGACACUCUGAUAAAUUCUAUCUUCCGGCAUGAGACGGGCUCUCGGUUUUCGGCUGACUCGCUCAAAAUCCACGACUUCGCUUUUGUGCCCAAGGACUUAGAUGUCAGGCACUCCGAGAUGAGUCAACUAAGCAAGACUCCAGCAUCCGGCGACUAUCAACACCUACUUGUUCUAACGUCCUUAAGCACGAAGAACGUCAGUCGGUAUUUUCUUGUAGAGGUAUUAGUGCCAACCGGCGCCUCGCCAGAUCUACCAGUCACAGUUGGUGCUGUCAGACCUAUCAAAAGCUACACAACUCCUCCGGACACCCACGCCCUUGCCAAACCGAGGCUCUAUUUACCGAGGCCGGCGGUCGUUGCGUUUGUGGUCCUCGAACGUGCUGUCAUUAUCGCGUCGGUUGCAAAGGUCCCGGACUCCCCCGAGUCCCAGUUAUUGGAGGACAAUGACAUCUUGCCUGCAACGUACGAAGAUGUUGUAGAUCUGAGGGCAGACCCGACUCUGGAGAUUGUGGGAUCUGGCAGUGAAGAGCCUUUGAGCGCAGGAUCUGAGGAGGUUCGAGCCCACCGGAUUAGGACAAAGAAUCCCGCUGUUGCCAUCCUCGUUCGCGGCGCAGGAACCCUUCGAGUCACAACUACGGAUAUCGAACGUUUUGCCAGUGAGAAGCCGCCGCAAAUCACCGCUAAGAGCAAGCUGGAGCAGGCUGUCUUCUUCGGCAUCAAGGAAGGGAAUCCCUUGGUCUUCGACAUACCGCGGGAUCUACCCUUCAGCGACCAGGAGCUGGCCGAUGCUGCUCUUGAGCUCAGCCAAGAUAUCUUGACAUCCAACAGCCCCCACCUCACUGCGCUAGCACCAAAGUUGGGGGACAACAUGCAAGAACGGGUCAAGGCGCUGGAGAAACUCAUUACUCACCUUAGAAGCUUGAAAGUCAACCUCAGCCGCGCCACGAAAUGGGAGUUGCUUUGGAAAGCUGAGAGACUGCAGGCCGCUCGUUUCGUUUGGACGAAGCAUGAGAAAUUCAUGCAAGCCCGCCCGGACGAGACCAAGAAAGAUCUGGUUGCAGAAAUCGUCGGUUAUAUACGUAACGAGGAGAAGAACCCGCCGAAUGUGGCCAAGGGUGAAGUGGACUCGCUUCGUCACUGGUUCAUCCAUGAUGCGCACCGAAUGGAAUUUUUCCUUGCUUGGGCUUAUGAGGUCAUCAAGUAUAACACCAGAGCCAAGGCUGAUGAGUCAACCAUUACACGAUUCAUUUACGAGGCUGUCGAGAUUAUGAACGGCAGCAUCCGCGACGCACUGGACUUCCGCAGGAGGCAUCUCGCUUUGUAUUCCUUGCAAGAUGAGAAGAUGGCCAGCGGGAUCCUGGCGGAUGAUUACGCCGGUCUACCGACCCCUUGGACCUGUGAACAGACCUUGACCAACAACCUUCGACGUAUGGUCGAACUGUCCACCGAGUGGGUCAAGGCACACUACAACCCUGAUCAGGCCGGUGAUGCUGAUCACAACUUGGUUCAGCGCACCCGCGCCUUGCUACCUGAUCUGACUGAAGUGUACCUGACAGCACUUCAAGAACUCACACGUUGGGCACUUGCCAGCGAGAAUUCAAAUUACCAGAAGGCUGGCCAAACUUGGCAGCAGACAUAUCUUAGUGACCGCCAUGAGAAGGUCAUUGCACUUGCUGCCUCGGAGAAUUGGGAUGCCGCGUACAAGCUCGCCGAGCAGCACCAAUGCUUGACAGCUCUGGCACAAGUACUGAUCAGCGAGAAGGAGGAGCUCAAAUUCACCCUUGAGCAGGGUGGUCUGUCACCCAACGAAGCACAACGUCUUCAGGAUCUCCAAGAUGCCAAAGAGAUACAAACCCAGGGCUACCUCGACAAAUAUGGCAAGGACUUUGCCUUCCCUUAUUAUGAUUAUCUCAUUGCACGGUCCGGUGUUGACUCGCUCCUCGAAGCAAAAGGCGACAGACUCUACAAGACGGCAUUCCUUCGCACUAAGCCGGAGCUCUCCAGGAUAUCAUGGAUCAACGAUAUAAUCGGAGAGGAUGACAUCGUCCACGCAGCAAACACCCUUCUUGACCUUGGCCUGAAUCGUGAACAGCAGUUAUGGAACAGGAAAAUUGAGUUGAGUCUGGGCAAGCUCGCGCGGAUGGCUGAAGCUUCGCGACCGUCAAGCAAGGCCUCGACUAGCAUACAAGAGGCUGUUGUCAACGCCGCUGUUGCGGACGCGAGCGUAGAGACAAUUGACAAGCAACUCGCCAUCAUCAAAGUCCAAGAUCAACUUUACGGCCAGAUCAGUCCCAUCAUCAAGACCGCAGUCGACGAGUCGGCACAGCUGCCGGUUGCGAUGGAGGCAUUUGCCAUGAAGAUACCUAAGAAGUACAAGAUCUUGUCCGAGAUCUUUGAGGACGGUUUAAGUCGGUUGCUAAGACACGAGGCCUUGGAUCCUCUCACAUUGAUCGACCUCCUCACCAUGAUUCAGCCCGACCCUGAACUGAAACAGCUGAUGCCGGAUCAGUUCUUCCAGGCUAUCGAGGUUGCGAAUAAUGGUCUUAGUGGACAAGAGCGUGAGCAAGCUGAGCGACUCAUCUGGAGGAGGUGCUACUUGCGAGAAGAUUGGACCAAGAUCAACAACACUUCGCUGAAGGCUGAUUCUGAUAUCGCGGAAGUCUUAAGCAACCUCGAGUUGUUCCAAGUCUUCUGUGCUCUCUAUACAAUCCAACAAGCAUCUGAGGAACCUAACUACCGACGAUGGUUGCCUUCAGAAGCACUCGGUGUGUAUACGGAAACACCCGACAAGCGCUUCAAGCAACAGGACAAGAGCCGCCGCGAGAAGCUUCUCGAAGCCAUGCAGUGGGAGAACAACAACCUCAAGAAGCACAUCGAGAAACACCGGUUGGACCAGUGGGCCAAAGAAACUCAGAAGCUUGCCGAGGAGGCCGUGGAUCACAACAUGGAUAUACAGACGCAGGAGGGAGCGAACUUACAGUCGCCUUCACAGACAGGGCUGGUGAAUGGCACGGCCCAGAAUGGCGCUCACUAG